UUCGUAAGCCAUGACGCUUCGUGUCGCGAGUGUUCUACUUUUCUAUCCUUUUAUUGACUUCUCUAUAUAUUUGAAGACGAAAUGUUAGUACUUUGACAUUUGAGACAGGUUUUCAUACAUGUCACUGUGGUAAACAAACUAGUAGUGAGUUCGACAGUCUCGGAGGAAGUGUUGCGAGGGAGAAUAUAAACACUAAGCAGCAGUGGAGUGUUAAUUUGAGGGAAGGGUUGGACGGGCAGAGCGUUUAUCAUUCACCUAAUAAUUUCAAGAGACUGAGUGAAUAAUUUGGUUUUGGUGGUGAACUGGGUGGAAAGUAAAGAUGGGUUUUGAGCCUUUGGUUUGGUAUUGUCGACCAAUGGCAAAUGCAGCAUGGGCAAAAGCAACAGAUAGUGCUUUUGGUGCUUAUACACCAUGUGCCAUUGACUCUCUUGUGGUUUGCAUAUCUCAUUUAGUUCUCAUGGGCUUGUGCUUUUAUCGAAUUUGGCUAAUUAAGAAGGAUUCAAAAGUCAAAAGGUUUUGUUUGAGAUCAAAUUACUAUAAUUAUAUGCUGGGCUUAUUUGCUGGUUAUUGUACUGCGGAGCCAUUGCUCAGAUUAGUGAUGGGUAUUUCAAAUUUUUAUCUCAAUCAACAGACUGGUCUCCCUCCCUUUGAGAUGUUCUCUUUAAUCGUUGAGUCUUUUUCUUGGUGCUCCAUGUUGGUUAUGAUUGGUACGGAAACUAAAGCCUACAUCAGAGAGUCCCGGUGGUAUGUCCGGUUUGGAGUAAUAUAUGUUCUGGUGGGGAACAGUGUGAUUCUUAAUCUUAUUCUUUCAGUGGACUUCUCCACUAGAUUUGUACUGUUUUUGUACAUCAGCAAGCUUUUCUGCCAGGUUCUGUUUGGAGUACUUCUUCUUGUUUACUUUCCUCAUUUGAAUCCUUAUCCCGGGUACAUCCCAGUGACGACUGAUUUGCUUGACGACACUCAAUACGAAUCACUUCUUGGAGGAGAGAAUAUAUGUCCAGAGAGGCAUGCCAAUAUGUUUUCCAGGAUCUAUUUUGGGUGGAUCACUCCUCUCAUGCAGCAAGGCUUUAAAAGACCCAUCACUGAAAAGGAUGUCUGGAAGUUAGACACGUGGGAUCAGACUGAGACAUUGAAUACAAAGUUCCAGAAAUGUUGGGCUGAAGAAUCUCAAAGGUCCAAACCAUGGAUUUUACGUGCUUUAAAUUGUAGCCUUGGAGGAAGGUUUUGGUAUGGAGGCAUUUUCAAAAUUUUCAACGAUCUUUCCCAGUUCGUGGGGCCAGUUUUGUUAAACCAUCUCUUACAGUCCAUGGAAAGAGGUGAUCCAGUAUGGAUUGGUUACAUUUAUGCCUUCUCAAUUUUUGUUGGAGUGUCAUUUGGAGUGCUGUGUGAAGCUCAGUACUUUCAGAACGUUACGCGUGUUGGUUUCAGGCUUCGAUCAACUUUGGUGGCUGCUAUAUUUCGUAAAUCUUUAAGACUAACCCACAAGGGUCGCAAGAAGUUUCCAUCUGGAAAGAUAACAAAUAUGAUUUCGACAGAUGCUAAUGCGCUUCAGCAAAUAUGCCAACAACUUCAUAAUUUAUGGUCGGCUCCGUUUCGUAUCAUCAUUGGAAUGGCUCUCCUUUACCAGCAAUUAGGCAUUGCUUCUCUUCUUGGUUCCCUAAUGCUAUUUCUUAUGUUCCCCUUACAGACAUUUAUCAUAAGCAAAAUGCGGAAACUGUCCAAGGAAGGAUUACAACAUACUGAUAAAAGAGUUGGUCUAGUGAAUGAAAUUUUAGCUGCCAUGGACACUGUGAAAUGUUAUGCUUGGGAGAAGAGUUUUCAAUCUAAAGUUCAAAGCAUGCGAAGUGAUGAACUGUCAUGGUUUCGAAAAGCACAGUUACUGGCAGCGUGUAACAGUUUUAUACUAAAUAGCAUCCCAGUUCUCGUGGCGGUGAUAUCAUUUGGGAUGUUCACUUUGCUUGGUGGGGAACUGACACCUUCAAAAGCUUUUACAUCACUUUCUGUGUUCGCAGUGCUACGGUUUCCUUUAAACAUGUUACCGAAUUUAAUUACUCAGGUUGUAAAUGUAAAUGUGUCAUUGCAACGGCUGGAGGAACUAUUAUUAGCUGAAGAAAGAAUUCUUUUACCCAAUCCACCUCUCGAACCAGGGCUCCCUGCCAUCUCAAUCAAGGAUGGAUACUUCUCAUGGGAUCCUAAGGCAGAGAAGCCCACAUUAUCAAAUAUCAAUUUGGACAUACCAGUUGGCAGCCUGGUCGCAAUUGUUGGGGGUACUGGAGAAGGAAAGACAUCACUUAUAUCAUCAAUGCUUGGGGAACUUCCUCCUGUUUCAGGUGCAAGUGUUAUAAUCAGAGGAACUGUUGCUUAUGUUCCUCAAAUUUCGUGGAUUUUCAAUGCUACUGUACGUGAAAAUAUAUUAUUUGGAUCAAAGUUUGACACAGCAAAAUAUUGGAAGGCCAUAGAUGUUACUGCACUGCAGCAUGAUCUUGACUUCCUUCCUGGCCAUGAUCUUACGGAGAUUGGUGAAAGAGGGGUGAAUAUCAGCGGAGGGCAAAAGCAAAGAAUUUCCAUGGCUAGGGCUGUAUAUUCUAAUUCAGAUGUAUACAUAUUUGAUGACCCUCUGAGUGCUCUUGAUGCCCAUGUUGGUCGACAGGUCUUUAACAACUGUAUCAAGGAAGAGUUGCGAGGGAAAACCAGAGUUCUUGUUACAAACCAACUACAUUUUCUUCAUCAGGUGGAUAGAAUUAUCCUGGUAUCUGAAGGAAUGGUGAAAGAAGAGGGAACCUUCGAGGAGCUUUCUAAAAGUGGCAUGCUAUUCCAGAAGCUAGUGGAGAAUGUGGGGAAAAUGGAAGAAAAUGUAAAUGAAAAAGAAGAUGGCAUAAAGAUUGAUCAUAAGUCCUCAAAACCUGCUGCUAAUGGAGUUCUCAAUGAGUUGCCAAAAAAUGAAAUCUCCACAAAAAAAAGAAAAGAAGGUAAAUCUGUUCUUAUCAAACAGGAAGAACGGGAAACAGGUGUCAUCAGUUGGAAUGUCUUCUCAAGGUAUAAAGAUGCUCUGGGAGGCCUAUGGGUUGUCAUGAUAUUAUUUAUGUGCUAUACUUUAACUGAAGUUCUUCGUGUGUUAAGUAGCACAUGGUUAAGUAUUUGGACGAAACAAAGCAGUUCAAAGAGUUAUGGACCUGGUUUUUAUAACCUGAUUUAUGCACUUCUGGCAUCUGGUCAGGUGUUGGUGACAUUGGCAAACUCCUUUUGGUUGAUCACAUCAAGUCUUUAUGCUGCUAAAAGAUUGCAUGAUGCCACGCUACACUCUAUUCUCAGAGCUCCAAUGGCUUUCUUCCAUACCAAUCCAAUUGGACGAAUAAUCAACAGGUUUUCAAGGGAUCUGGGUGACAUAGAUCGCAAUGUUGCUAAUUUUGUUAAUAUGUUUCUAGAAAAAAUGUGGCAGCUCCUUUCAACUUUUGUGCUGAUAGGCAUUGUGAGCACUAUAUCGCUCUGGGCCAUAAUGCCUCUUCUGAUCUUGUUUUAUGCAGCCUAUUUAUAUUAUCAGACCACAGCUCGUGAAGUAAAACGCUUGGAUUCCAUUACCAGAUCCCCUGUUUAUGCGCAAUUUAGCGAAGCAUUAAAUGGUUUGUCAACCAUUCGUGCAUACAAAGCAUAUGAUCGGAUGGCCAGCAUUAAUGGGAAAUCUAUGGAUAAUAACAUCAGAUUCACACUAGUUAACAUAAGUUCAAACCGCUGGCUCACCAUAAGGCUGGAAACAUUAGGAGGCAUCAUGAUUUGGUUGACUGCAACCUUUGCUGUCAUGCAGAAUGGAACAGCAGAAAACCAGGUGGCAUUUGCAUCUACAAUGGGUCUUCUUCUUAGUUACUCUUUGAACAUCACAAAUCUGCUGGGUAAUGUUCUGAGACAAGCAAGUAGAGCCGAAAAUAGUCUAAAUGCAGUUGAGCGUGUUGCUACAUAUAUAAAUUUGCCAUCUGAGGCUCCAGCUAUCAUUGAAAGUAACCGUCCCCCACCUGGAUGGCCUUCAUCAGGAACUAUCAAAUUUGAAGAUGUCUUCCUGCGUUACAGACCUGGACUUCCUCCUGUCUUGCAUGGAUUGUCUUUCACUAUCUCUCCAAGUGAGAAGGUAGGCAUAGUUGGAAGGACCGGUGCAGGGAAAUCUAGCGUGCUCAAUGCUUUAUUUAGGAUUGUUGAACUUGAAAGAGGAAGAAUCUUAAUUGAUGAUUAUGACAUUGCAAAGAUUGGACUGAUGGAUCUACGUAAAGUUCUGAGUAUCAUACCACAAUCACCAGUUCUUUUCUCUGGAACUGUCCGUUUUAAUCUUGAUCCUUUCACUGAACACAAUGAUGCUGACCUUUGGGAGGCUUUAGAGCGGGCACAUCUAAAGGAAGUCAUCAGGAGGAGUGCUCUUGGUCUGGAUGCUGAGGUUUGCGAGGGAGGGGAGAAUUUCAGUGUUGGACAGAGGCAACUAUUAAGUCUUGCUCGGGCAUUAUUACGGAGGUCGAAAAUUCUUGUUCUUGAUGAAGCAACUGCAUCUGUUGACAUUAGAACUGAUGCUCUUAUACAGAAAACUAUUCGAGAAGAAUUCAAAUCAUGCACAAUGCUCAUCAUUGCUCACCGACUAAAUACUAUUAUCGAUAGUGACCGGAUCCUCGUGCUUGAUGCUGGUCGGGUUACAGAGCAUGAUACCCCCGAGCAACUACUGUUAAAUGAAAUAAGUGACUUCUCUAAGAUGGUUCAAAGCACUGGGGCUGCAAAUGCUCAGUACUUGCGCAGCUUAGCACUAGGAGGGGAAGGAAAGAACAAGUCAAACAGAGAAGGGACCAUACUGCUGGAUGGACAGAGGAGAUGGAUGGCCACUUCUCAUUGGGCUGCUGCUGCCCAGUUUGCCCUAGGUGUUAACCUCACUUCUUCUUGGAAUGAUCUUCAACCUCCGGAAAUUGAAGAUGAGAACAAUAUCCUCAAGAAAACAAAGAAUGCGGUAGUGACACUGCAGGGAGUUUUGGAGGGCAAGCAUGAUGAAGUCAUAAUAGAGACACUAGAUCAGUACCAGGUUUCUACAGAGAGAUGGUGGUCAGCUCUCCACAAAGUGAUUGAAGGUCUUGCUGCGAUGAGCACUUUGACUCACAGUGGGCCUCCACAACUAGACAACGAUUUUGAAGAUAGAUUAGUUGAUUGGGAUGACAAUGUUGAAGUGUAGAAAGCAGUAUUACUUCGAUUUCACAAGCAUUUAAACAGUGGGAAUUGCUGAUAACAAAAGUUCAUGUAGUAUUUUUUUAAAAAACCAACCUUGAUAAUGAAUAAAAUGUCCCACGAAAUUAAAGGUCAUAUCUUCUCUUGUCAACUAAGCUGAAGACAAGAGAAGAUAUGGUUUAUCUUUCUUUAAA